AUGGAGUUCUUUUACGAGGAGCAAGCGGUUGGAAACGGGCUUGAAUCGGCUCAAGACCAGCCAGAAGGUGAUAAAUCUACUGAAGAAGCUUUCCAGAAAUUUGAGGGCACUAUAGACAGACAAUAUCAAAAGACAGCAGAGGUGGUGAAGAAGUUCAUGAAUGAAGAACGAUCGCUAGAGCUUAAUGUUCCGCUGGAACCACACCUUUCGGAGCGUGCUCAAGUGGCUUUGGACUCUUUAGACCAUCAGCUUCACAAUGUAGAAAAUUUGGCUCAAGAUUACUGGAAGAAAGUUUCUAGCAAUUCAUUUUGGUCAUCAAUGACUGAUUCGUUGGGCUCAAAAUUCGGCGAAGCUGUCAAUGUAAAUAGUGGUAAAAAAGACCAGGAUGAAACUCCAUUAAACUCGCGAGCUAAAAUUGUUACUCCUGUGGCUGGCAACAGGACAGAUGCGGAACUGAGACUAUUGUCGAGCGAUGAAAGAGUUUACUUGAACAACGAGAGUUCUUUGACUGAAGGUUUCGACGUCGAUAAGCAUACAUCGGAAAUUGCUGCACUUUUAGAGUCAGACAAAGUUCUUACACAAACCAUGAAUGCCGUGGUGCCGGAAAAGAUCAGCUAUAGCGAAUUUUGGAACAUAUUUUUCUCGCGGAGAGACAAUAUCCUGGCCAUGGAGCACAAGCGAAAGAAACUUCUGGAGCAAAAGGCUCAGGACGGUACUCCUGUGGACUGGGAUGAAGAAGAAGAUGACAAUGACAAUGAAAACAAAGAAGUUGACAUUGAAAUUGACGGAGCAUCAGCUAGAGAAGAAUCUACCAGCAAAAAGGACACCGAUGUCAAGGAAUCUAAGGGUAGUGGGCAUGCAACUUCGGGCAAGAGCGAAAGUGCGGCAGAAGACAACGACAAGAGAUCGGCUAAUGACGAAAACAACGACGAUGAUGAUGAUGACGACGACGAUUGGGAGUGA